UUUCAGCGAAUCACACGCGAGCUAGCGACGUGGGCGGCCGACGCACAGCUCGGCCAUCGCCAUUACCUGGCGCACCUCGAAGCUGCGAUCUUUGCACUGUUGAAGCAUGGCGAGCCAAGUCGCCGAGAGCUCACGCAGCGUGCAGCUGCCACGCAGCGCGCCGUCGGCCGCGUACACGCCGGUCCUCGUCACCAUGAGCGAGGAGCUGAUCCUCAUGGUCUUUGGCUACCUCACGCCCGCGUCGAUCCUUACGACGAUGCAGCUCUCCAAGGAGUGGCGCGACAUUUGCCGCUCGGACCGCCUUUGGUUGCCGCUGGUCCUUCGCCGUUGGCAGCUGCCUCCGCGCAUGAUGAAGCUGCACCGCUAUGGCGUGCACUCGUACUUUGGCCUGUACCGGCAUUUGCACAUCUCGGAGCAGAAGCCUCACGGCCUCUACUCGACGGCUGACAAACCGACGUGGGGGCACAGCUACAACGGCGGCGUCGAGACCUGGCUCACGCUCGGGCAUCGUGCCGACUGCAAGACGCUCGCGAUCGGCGCCAAGACGUACGUCCAGCUCCGCAUCAUCGUCCAGAACCUCUCGUCGUCGCAUGUGCACAUUGACGCUGCGGCCAUCCAAGUACACUACAAGGAUGGCUCCAAGCGGGCGGCGGUGGCUCGCCACCCGAUGGCGCAUGCCAUGCUUCGCAUGGAGCCGCGGGUGCUUGCGGCUAAUGGCGUCGCGCCGGCCCUCGAAGCGUCGAUCGUCGAAGGACGUGCGGUGCUUCGGUUCAUGGACUAUUGCGUCGUGGGCCUCUACGUCGAAUGCGACGACGGCUGCGUCUUUGAGUCCGACUUUCUCGAGCAUGCGUUCGCCGUGUGGGUGCCCAUGAAGCGGCGCGGCCACUGCAACGACCUCUCACGCUGCCGUUGUGCGCUGAUUCCCGACCACUACCACCACUUUGGCUCGAUCUUGAGCAUCGUCGACGAGUCGGUCAUCUGGUCGCGCUACUCGGAGUUUGCUGGCGGCUUUAUGGUGCUCAACUGCAAGGACCGCCUCGGCGGUGCUGCAGCCCACGGGUCGCUCCCGACGCGCUACCUUCUCUAGUCUUGUCCUCUCUUCCCUUCUUGAUGUAAAGUGUGUGUCGUUGCUUUGCCAA